AUGAAUGACCUUAGGUCGAUUGCUCUAUGCAACACAUUGUACAAGUUGCUUUCAAAGAUUCUUGCAAACCGUAUUAAGUCUCUCCUCACUUCUAUUGUGUCUGAAUCCCAAUCCGCUUUAGUCCCGGGCCGCUUGAUCUCAGAUAAUAUCAUGUUAGCCUAUGAAAUCAACCAUUAUCUGAAAAGGAAAAACCAAGGAAAGUUGGGAUUUGUGGGAGUGAAAUUGGGCAUGAGUAAAGCUUUUGAUAAGGUUAAUUGGGGUUUCCUUCUUGCAGCUUUAUCCAACCUGGGCUUCUCGAGUCACAUUGUCAACAUGAUUCGCCAAAUGAUCUGCACAGUCAACUAUAAUAUCCUGUUGGAAGGAGGAGUUAUUGGUUUUGUUACUCCCAAAAGAGCUAACCUGAAUGCUUAUGCUGAUACAAUGAUUACAAAUGUGGUUACUACCUGGAAAAAACCUCCUACUGGUAUGCUUAAAAUCAAUGUUGACGCGGCAUUGGACACUAACAACAAGAAAAUGGGAUUUGGUUAUGUCAUUCGGGACUCUACCGGUCAUUUUCUUUCUGCCAGAUGUCUCCCUUGGCCAAGUAUUUUCAUACCAAACGAAGCAAAGGCGAUUGGCGAACGCGAAGCAUUGACAUGGAUCAAAGAUUCUCACCUUGAUAACAUCCAAGUUGAGAGUGACUACCUUGAGCAUGUUAAUGGCAUCAUACAUGGACAUAAUACUUUCUCUUCUUUUGAUCUCAUUAUUGAUGAUAUUAAAGAAAUAGUUAGGGGUUUUGAUAACAUUAGCUUUUUGUUUGUUAAACGGUCCGCGAACAUGUAA